GUAAUGCAUGUCAUCUGAUUUCUUACAGAACAUAAACAUAGUCACAGGAAAGAUAAGAGGAAAAUCAGAACAAGAAAAUGGGGAGAAAGGAAUAACCCAACUAAUGAUGUAGCAAUGCUAAACAGCGACUUGGUGACAAAGGCGUUUUCUACCUAUGGCAACAAGACAGAUGGCACAAGGGAAAAGAGAGCCCACAGAAGAACCAAACGUUUUUUAUCCUAUCCACGGUUUGUAGAAGUGAUGGUGGUGGCAGACAACAGAAUGGUUUCAUACCAUGGAGCAAACCUUCAACACUACAUUUUAACCUUAAUGUCAAUUGUAGCCUCUAUCUAUAAAGACCCAAGUAUUGGAAAUUUAAUUAAUAUUGUUAUUGUGAACUUAGUUGUGAUUCAUAAUGAACAGGAAGGACCUUCCAUAUCUUUUAAUGCCCAGACAACAUUAAAAAACUUUUGCCAGUGGCAGCAUUCAAAGAACUCUGCAGGUGGGAUCCAGCAUGACACAGCUGUACUUGUAACAAGACAGGAUAUCUGCAGAGCCCAUGACAAAUGUGAUACGUUAGGUCUUGCUGAACUGGGAACCAUUUGUGAUCCAUACAGAAGCUGUUCUAUUAGUGAAGACAGUGGGUUGAGUACAGCUUUUACUAUAGCCCAUGAGCUGGGCCACGUGUUUAACAUGCCUCACGAUGACAACAACAAAUGCAAGGAAGAAGGCGUUAAGAGUCCCCAGCACGUCAUGGCACCAACACUGAACUUCUAUACCAACCCCUGGAUGUGGUCCAAGUGCAGUCGAAAAUACAUCACUGAGUUCUUAGACACUGGGUAUGGCGAGUGUUUGCUUAAUGAACCCGAGUCCAGACCCUACCCUUUGCCUCCCCAACUGCCAGGACUUCUUUACAACGUGAAUAAACAAUGUGAAUUGAUUUUUGGACCAGGUUCUCAGGUGUGCCCAUAUAUGAUGCAGUGUAGACGGCUCUGGUGUAAUAAUGUGGAUGGAGUGCACAAAGGCUGCCGGACUCAGCACACUCCUUGGGCCGAUGGGACGGAGUGUGAGCCUGGAAAGCACUGCAAGUUUGGAUUUUGUGUUCCCAAAGAAAUGGAGACCCCCGUGACUGACGGAUCCUGGGGAAGUUGGAGCCUCUUUGGAACCUGCUCAAGAACAUGUGGAGGUGGUAUCAAAACUGCCAGCAGAGAGUGCAACAGACCAGAGUAAGUCCCAUGGCAGGGCUGUCCUCACUUGUGGGGCAGGAGGGAAAGAGUGGUCCAGACUAGAGAAUGGGUGGACGUGAAGGGCUGCCUCAACCCAUGGUACCCAACCAUCUCUCCUUUGUAGAACUGUUUUUCUCCCCAGGUCCUUCGCAAUUAGGUUUUA